GACCGCUAUACCCGCUAGUUUUGCCUCUACGCGACGUUAUGGACACCACAGAUGGUGCCAUAAUGUUGCCGGGGGUAGAGUUACUGUAUAUGCUCCCCUCGGGUAGAACUACAGUCGGGGCUUUGGUUUGCUUUCGGCAAGUUCUUCGACAAGUGAUAUGUGCGGCUUUGGUUUGGUGUGCAGUGUCUACGAUAUAAUAUUGGUUCAAUCGGAUGGCGUCGUUGGUCGCCACACGUUAGCACUUACUCGGGCUGUUUCCCAAACGAACACGUGUCAAGCUCCGCUAUGUGCUCCACGUAUACGGGAGCGUUCAACAGUAAGAGCGCGCCUGGAUUCUCUGGAGACUUGCAUGUUUUGCACAGACAUUUGAAUCAGUAGCGUUACCUCUGCAUAACAUUUGCAUAGAAUUCAAGCAAAGUUUCGCUUUAAUGCCGACUCCCCCGUACGUGAGAUCAACCAUUUUCUUUUUUUUUUUGUAUUUCAGAAGUAUGAGUUGGUUAUCCUUCUAUCAUUUUGACUGAAACCGGGUUCUCAUCCGCCGCGGUAGCUCUGUGGUUGAGCCUUCCCGCUGCUAAGCUCGAGGUCGCGGGUUCGAUUGCCGACCGCGGCGGCCACAUUUAGGCGUGGCCGAAAUGCAAAAACGCUCGUGUACUUAGAUUUAGGUGCACGCCGAAGAACCCCAGAUGUUCAAAAUUAAUCGGGAACCCUCCAUUGCAGCGUCUCUCAUAGCCCCGAAGCUGGUUUCGGACAUUAAAUUCAAUGAAUGAAUGAAUGAAUGAAUGAAUGAAUGAAUGAAUGAAUGAAUGAAUGAAGUCAGUCAGUCGAUCGAUCGAGCGAUCAAUCGCUCAAUCAAUCGAACCGGGACCUUGGCUCAGGAGACGGGUCCCCAGGGCAAGCAGUUCCUGCUGGGCCGCGUAGUGCUCGAAGGAGUCUACCCCUGGUUCGUCGAGCACCAGCGCACAGGCUCCAGCGACCCGCUGUACUUGGCCACUCACCUCAUCGGCCGCAAGGCGCUCGAGCAGUGGCAGACUGCCACGGGAACGACGCUGCGGCCGUCAGCACGAGACACGCUGUACCAGGAGGCCGUCGGCGACGUUCUGGUGGCGUGCCCUAUGUCUGAGCUGGCCGAGCUGCUGCAAGCUUGGGAGAACCGUGUGUACGUCUACAUUCUGGGCUACCGACCCAGGUAUUCGAGUUGGCUCAACCAGAACGAGGCCGUCCGCUUCGAGGACAUGCACCUGGUGUUCGGCAUGCCGCUCAGACCCGACGUGCCUUCGAGCGAGCUGGACAAGCAGUGGUCCCGCACCAUGAUACGCGUGUGGUCCACGUUCGCGCACACGGGGAAAGCGCCUGCGAUGGACGGCUCGAAGUGGCCAGUAUACGAUCCCCUGCGGCCCGCCUUCAUGAAGCUGGGUGUCGACGGCAUGAGCAUGGAGCAUGACACGAGGAGGCCGCGCUGCGACUUCCUGCGCAGCCACCGCAACCCGUACUGAUCGGGAAGCGAUAAGGAAGCUUCCCCAGCAGCGCCACCUACCGCAAGAAGCAUUUCUGUUGACUGCGAGACGUAGUGGUUAUCCCCGCACGUAUAUAUGCGCGAAUGCGCUCGCGCGCGACAUAGUUCUUACACGUUCUUCCAGCAAUGAUUAAACGCAAAACCUUUCGAGUUGUGUCCACAUAUUGGUUGGUUUCGUUUGUAUAUACAGUGGUGGCACAAAACAUUACGGCAGAACUCAUGUCGCAACGGCUGUCGACGGUAAUGAGAAUAGCAUUUGAUCAAUGUAACGACCAACCGUAUUUCUAAAGUCUGCUUUAUUUAACCCGUUUAUGGUGGCAUUUCUGAGACUUGCUUUGGCUAUAUGCCACAUACUCCGAUAUCUUCCCAAUAUGCUUUGAUGGGAAGACCUUUGCCGUCAUUGUGGUCGACUCCAGCGGCAAGAUUUCGUAUAGCGCCUCUAUUCGCGCUUCAGACCCCGGAGUCGCCGAGCAAGCCGCCAUCGCCCUCGCCCUACUAGACGGUCGUGGGUCCGAGAUAUAGCGAUUCCAAAACGGCAGUUAGGGCUUUUCAGAAGGGUUGCAUCGCCAAGGAAGCUGCUCGUCUUCUUAGCAGUUCGAGUCCCUACGCUCUCACGCAUCAUUCAAUCCACUGGUUUCCCGCCCACGUAGGGUCGGUCGAGGGUGCUCCCCCGAACCUCAAUGAGUCUGCUCACGAGGCUGCGUAUGACCCCACCGACCGCGCUUCCUCUGUAGGGAGCGCCGACUCCCCUCCUCCCUACGGCCACAGGGAAGCUCUCGCUACUCACAACGAGAUUAUUAAAUUCUUCUACAUGUCUAGAAGGGUCUUUCCACCGCCCUCACCCCAAGCUGAAUAGGGCGCAAGCCGUUUCACUUAGACUUCUACAGAUCAGCACAUAUCCGUGCCUGUCUGCUCUCCACGAGGCUUAUACCCCGACGUGUAUCGCGACGACGCCUGCCCGUCCUGCGGGCAGACCUCCACUCUAGCGCACAUGCUCUGGGAGUGCAGGUCGACAUACCCCAAGUACAUCAAGCAGGAGUGGGACUCGCUUCUGCGUAGCCCCGCUUUGGACAAGCAAAUCCUGGCUGCCCGGCGUGCCCACGCGACCGGGCCGGUGGGCUAGACCAGCUGCCGGGCCCGACGUGGGACUAGCCGGGUGCGCGACGAGUUCGCGU